AUGUACAGGAAGGGCUUGAUUAUCAGGAGCCUGCGCGUGAACGCGAGUCUGAAGGCGCCUGAGAGGUGGGGGGGGGGGGGCGCCCACGUGCCAGGCCACCCGUGCGCCAGCAGCCAACCGCACGCGCUAACAGGAUUAGCGCAACCCUUCCGCCAGGCUGUCUGUUUCUGCGCCGGCCCGCUUUGUUCCGCGCCGCCCCCCGCCGCGCUUCCGAAAUUGACACCCGCGCUCCCGGGGUGGUCGGGCGGUCAGCGGCCCCUCCCCCUGCCUGGCGACGACCUCCCGGCGGCCUCCCCGCUGGGGUGCUGCGUUCCGGAGGGCCCUGCCAUUCCAGGGCGUUGGCGCGUGCGAAAUCCGCGCAGACACUUCAAAGACAUAAUGCUCUUCGUUUGCCACUGUAUGACGCCCCUUCGCAAAUGGACACUCCGUUCAUGGGACGGGUGGCACCUGUCUCUGCAGUUCACGGGGUGCAGUCCGUCUAGCAAGUCUGUCGCAGCACACCGCCGUGGCGAGACCAUGAUGUGCUUUAGCGAUGGCGCUGUGCAGGACGAAUUUCUCGGACUAUCCAAGCAGGUCCGCGACGGCCCCCUUGACAGCGCGGAGGUGGUGGGGCUCGCGAAGGCCAAGCUCUGGCCCAGUGUGGAGGAGAUUCUGCUGGGCGGCGACAUCCCUUGUUUCGGAGCGGACGCCAGGGACCACUUCGCGCGCGACGGGCGGCGCCCCGUCAAGGACUGCCGGCUCGCCAAAGACCACCCUGGGCUGCGGGGCACGCCGCUGGCGAUGCUGGCCGCGCAGUGCAACAAGCUCUCCAGUAAGUCACCGCCGCCGCUGGCGGACGCGGCGGUGGGCAAGGGCUUCCACCCGUGGAAGAAGAGCCCCGGCGGCGGCGGGGGCGGGCCCGGGGGCCGCGGCCCAGCAGCAGCACGCGUCGUCGGGCGGCUGUCCUCGCACGACGCAGCAAGGCUGACGACGGCGGCGGCGGUGGGCGGCUCGGGGCGGGGGCGGGAAGCCUCUCGGGCACUACUCAGCCGCCCG